AUGCUGAGUACAUUAAAGCCCAGUCGGCCAUAUUUUGGCCUACGCGGGGGAUGGUUGACCUUUUGGGUCACUGUCGCCUGUGCUACUGACAUGAUGCUAUUUGGUUAUGAUCAAGGCGUCUUUGGUGGCGUUGUUGUUACCAAGGACUUCCUUGAUACCCUCAACCUGAAUAAUAGUGCGACACUUCUAGGAACUGUGACAGCAAUUUACGACGUUGGUUGUCUAUUCGGCGCUAUAAUUGCUCUGAUAUGGGGAGAAAGAUGGGGCAGAAAAUUAUCCAUUAUGUAUGGAACUGUCGUCAUGUCCAUUGGUGCUCUGCUUCAAAUCACAGCAUACAGUGUUCCUCAAAUGAUCGUUGGUCGCAUCACUGCUGGUCUUGGCAAUGGUAUCAACACAUCAACCGCUCCCGUAUGGCAGGGUGAAACUAGCCAAGCCAAAUGGAGAGGUCGUUUAAUCGUGAUUGAGUUGACUUUGAACAUUGCUGGCUUUUCCUUGUCCAACUGGAUGACGUUUGCGUUCUCAUUUCUUCCUGGACCAGUGGCAUGGCGAUUUCCCUUAGCCUUCCAGUUUAUCUUCAUCUUCGUUCUCUUUGGCACAGUACCUUGGUUACCUGAGUCUCCCAGAUGGCUUAUUGCUCAUGAUCGGCCCGAUGAGGCUCAGGUUAUCAUUGCUGACUUAGAGGACAUGGAUGUUAGUGACCCGUAUGUGAUGACUCAAUAUACGGAGAUCGUGGCUGCGGUACAAUAUGAGCGUCAGCAUGCUGUCUCGUGGAUGGAUCUCCUACGUGGAAGAACCAAGGAGGGUGGAACAUGUGCCAUUCGUCGGAUGAUGCUGGGCGCAGGCGCUCAGUUCAUGCAACAGGCGGCAGGAAUCAAUGUAACAAGUUAUUAUUUGCCAACCGUUUUAAUGCAAUCCGUCGGCCUCUCAGAAACACUGGCCCGACUACUGGCAGCCUGUAACUCGGUGUCAUACCUUAUCGCAGGCACGAUUGGAGUGAUGAACAUCGAAAAAUGGGGUAGGAGGAGAUUAUUCAUGAUCUGCGCCUUGGGCCAAGGUUUCUGUUAUCUCCUCAUCACAGUGCUUCUACGUUUCAACGAGAAAGAAGGUUAUGCUCAUUCGAAAGAGGUAGCAUCUGCCUCGAUAGCCUUUUUCUUCCUAUAUUAUGUCUUCUUUGGCACAGGAUUUCAAGGAAUUCCGUGGCUUUUGCCUGUGGAGCUGAAUUCACUCAGCAUGCGUACCAAGGGAGCCGCAUUGGGUACGGCGACAAACUGGGCAAUCAACUUUAUGGUCGUGGAAAUCACACCGAUCGGUAUUGAGAAUCUCAAGUGGAGGUUCUAUAUUAUUUGGACGGUUAUGAAUCUGGUUUUCGUACCAACGAUUUAUUUCUUUUACCCAGAGACAGCAAACCGUCAGUUGGAGGAUAUUGAUUUAUUCUUCCGGGAGAAUGAGUCUUGGUUUGUCCAUAACAACCCCAGGCCCUCUCUCUAG